CUUCCUUCCGCCAUGAUCCAAAAAUAUUUUGAAAAACAUUUCUCUGGACAUUUCUGCUUUAUAUCAUGGAUUAGGCACCCGUAAACGGAUCAAUUACUCUUUCUAUCAUAUGCAUAUUUUGUUUGUAUUCAGAUGUAAAAAUAUUGGUGGAAUUACAGUAAGGGAACAUGGCAAAUGCACCAUAGUAACGAUGUAAACAAUUUUAUUUUGAAAUUUUUGAAUUUUUCAUAAUUCUCAAGGCUAUUUUGGAAACUUAUUUCUUGAUAUCUGUCGAGCAAAAUAUUCACUUCAAAAGUUGUACGUGACUCUCUAUCAUACAAACCUGCUCCUGCUUGCGUAUUUACUUUAUAAUAUCCCAAGAUGUCACGGUCCACCGCAAGCUCAUUGAGUAGAAAACAGAUUGAUGAGCUUAUCAAAAAUGUUGAUUUACCAGAUGGUGAUGAAACAAAGACAAGAAGAUUUGCAUUAGCUCCUAAAUAUCUUCGACUUAAUUUGAUACGUGGUCCUCCUAGUAGAGAAGCUGCAUUAUGUGCAGCUAUAGAGAUCCAACGUCAUUGGCGGGGCUAUUGCACUAGAUGCCGUCUUCUUUCAAUCCUUGACCCUAAGAUCAGUGGCACUGCAGUCUACAGUGGCAGCAAACACCAUGUGGCUAGACUGCAGGAUGUUCGCACUCCACCACCUCAAAAGAAAAAAAUGAAUGCACGCAGGAGAUUAGAGAUAAAGUUCAAUGACUCAGAUUCAGACACAUUUGAAGAUUUUUGUGCUGGCUAUAUACAAAGUUGGUGGAAAAAGGGUCAAUCACCACCAAAGACCCCCUCCCGAUCCAUCCAAAAGAAACAUGAGAAACCAUCCAUCAAAAGAAAUCCACCAACUCAGAAAGAGGCAGUUAUAAAAAUUCAACGAGCGUGGCGAAGACAUAUAGAUGUUCAAGUUUACAAGUAUUACCGUGAUCUCAUAAACUUCAAGUGUCGAGGGGACCCUGCUAUGAUGUUGCGCUGUAUCAAUCCAAAAGAGGCUAAGAUGCUCGAUCCAGCCAUGGGAAUACACAUCAAGUUUAGGCUUGCCGGGAAUGCAUUUCCACCUAAUAUUUACUAUAAGAUCUUUACUCAUCGGCCAAUACAAGACCUGUGUGCUAACAGCCCUAAAGACUACACCAAACCUUCUGUCAUGAGAAAAGCUGCUAAAGAUGUGCAUAAUAAAGGGGAUGCAAGAGUUAAAGAAGAUAAGUCUGUGUGGUAUAAGCGUGAAGAGAACAAUGGCUGGCGAUUGGUGUCAGACAGACUGAUACAUCACAUCAUGUCUGACCCUGUGACUUGGGAAACCUCCAAGAAGAAAAUUGAAUUCCAUCACAAUAAGUUACAAAGGAAAGCAGACCUGGAGAAAAAGAAGAAAAAAAGAAAAAUAGAUUGGAUGAAGCAAAUGUAUAAAGAAGGGAUGCUCAAGUCUAAGACUGCUAAUGAAGAGACCAAGAACUUAGUGGAACGUGCUACUGCUGGUAUGGUGGCCACUGCUGAGAUACAUGGCCCCGAUGCCAUUGAAGAAUGGGAAGUGGAUGAGCUACUUGACUGGACUACUAGUCUCAAUUUUGAUGAUUAUUUAGGAGAAUGGAAGGAAAUUGCAACUAGUGCUACAUCAGAAAAAGUCAUAGAGGAUAAGAGGAACUUAUUCAAUGAUCAGGUUGAUCCAUUUACCAUCAGUUUAUCAGCAUUGCCGUCUAGGGGGAAGCAUACAAGUACACCUGUUUCAGCUCAAACUGCUAUAGAACUAGGAUAUUAAACACUGCACUGAAACUUGAUAUACUGUACUCCCGGUAUUUUUCGACACUUUUUAAUUUCGCGAAUUUUGAGAAAUCACAAUUUGAUGCUGUUAAUUUUCACAACUUUAACAAUCCUCAAUCUUUGUAAGUUUCCUUGCACUCCCUGAAGGUUUGAAAUUUUAAAAUGGCACAAAUAAUGGUUCAAUAAUGAACAGUAGUCAUAUCUACCCAGUGUCAUAUUUCCUCAGAGAUUUCAUAGGCGAAUUUCGCGAGAAUUAUUUUUUCAUGAUUUUACCAACACCACGAAUUGUGCAAAAUUUAAUCGCACACAAAAAAUAUCAGGAGUACAGUACAUUUUUAGCACAGUAGUUCAGCCUGAACAACUCUAAAAUUCUGUAUGAUGGUGUCUGUACAGAUUUUUUAAAUACACGAGAUGGAUACCAGUCUCCAUGUUUUCAUGUGUAAUUGUUUAUUAUAUACUAAAGUGUAUGCAUUCCUAUACUCUCGUGUAUUUAAGGCUUUGUAUAAAAACCUAGUACAUGAUACAGUCUUUGAAGGGUU